ACAGGUCAUUAUGCUGGACAUAAUAACUUUGAUCACACUCAAUCAUUUCCAAUGGGGAAGUCAACCAAUGACAACCAGCUAACUAUUCAUACAGCUUUGUUCUUCAUAAUAAACAUUAAUUACAAGGCUGUAGAUGACAAAGUGACAAACGCUGCUCCCUCUUUUUGAGCUAAAAUUAUCCCUUGGAAAAGUUCACGGUGUUUAAUUGGAGUCAAAGUUUACGCUAUCAGAGUGACUUGUGUAUUUAUCCGUAAAUCCGACAGCUCAUUUCAUAAUAUACACAUCACUGCAUGAAGCGAACAGCUUCGUGGUCUAUUAUGGAAUCAAACAGGAAUACACAUCUCAUAGGUGUGAGAAAAAGUACGGCGACGAAGAGCGAACACAACGACACAUCAGUCCAGGUUAUGGGGCAAACUUCAGGCAGUGCCUUCACAAUUGACAGGAUCUUGGGGAAAAGCAGCGCCGCCGUAUUUAGCCAGGAAAAUGAAAGAAAAAGUCUGAAUUUCGCAUAUAAAGACGUUCAAAUGAAAGACGAUUGCUCAACAAAGAGUCAGGAAUCGGGAGAAGAUUUAUCUGACGAGGAAGACGCUCACAAGGAGGACGGAAAAAAGACGCGAAAAUUACGACGGAGUCGCACCACAUUCACGACGUUUCAACUUCAUCAACUGGAAAGGGCGUUUGAAAAAACGCAAUACCCGGAUGUCUUCACGCGGGAAGAAUUGGCAGUAAGGUUGGACCUCAGCGAAGCCAGAGUUCAGGUUUGGUUUCAAAACCGUAGAGCAAAAUGGCGCAAGAGAGAGAAGGCGAUGGGCCGUGAGAGUCCUACUAUACCCCCAGGAAAACCUCUAUUAACCCCAACAUCUCCUGCAUACUCGCAUCUAUCCUACCACGGUCCAGCUUAUGAGCAGCGGUAUGAACAUUUUACUUUUCCCCGGUACGGAACUUUGGCCUACAUUAGUACUACGAACAUACCACCCGGGUACUUUCGUCCGGGGUUGCCAAUGAUAUCGGGAUACCCGGUACCAGGCGCAUAUCAUGCAAUACCCGAUACGAUAUUAACAACUAGGGACAGUUUGGACGACUUAAGGCUUAAAGCCAGAGUCCACAGCGCAGCGAUGGGAAAAAUCAUAGAAACUGACAGACGAUAAUCUCCAUGCAUGCUUGCUAUAUACCCCGUGUAAUGUACUGAUGAAUUAAGCUGUUCUGUUAUAUUAAAAAGUAA